AUGACGCCGGGAAGCUCGGCCGCCGGAUCCGGCGUCGUCGUUCCUCGGAACUUCAGGCUCCUAGAAGAGCUUGAGUGUGGAGAGAAGGGCAUUGGAGAUGGGACAGUGAGCUAUGGAAUGGAUGAUGCAGAUGACAUCUACAUGCGAUCAUGGACCGGCACUAUUAUUGGCCCACAUAAUACCGUCCAUGAGGGUCGCAUUUACCAGCUGAAGUUGUUCUGCGACAAGGACUACCCUGAGAAGCCACCAUCUGUUCGAUUUCAUUCAAGAAUAAACUUGACAUGCGUUAAUCAUGAAACUGGAGUGGUUGACCCGAAGAAGUUCAGUGUUCUGGGGAACUGGCAGCGCGAGUACACAAUGGAAUACAUCCUAACCCAUCUCAAGAAAGAGAUGGCAUCCCCACAGAACCGCAAGCUAGUACAGCCUCCGGAGGGGACAUUCUUCUAA